UACCCUCCUGGCUUACUAUCUAUUAUUCUAAGCAAGACACAACAACAGCUAUCUCUCAUUGCUUUCACUACUUCACAAACCCAUCUAAUAUUCCGGAAAGAGAGAAAGAAAGAAAGAAAGAAAAAAUGGCGGAAGGAGCUUUGUUCGAUCUUGCAGGGAACGUCCUUCAACUGCUGGGCUCUAUCAUUGUUGACGAGGUCAAACUGGCCUCUAGUGUUGAAACUGAGAUUGAAAAUCUAACCAACACAGUCUCCACAAUCCGUGCUGUGCUUCUGGAUGCAGAAAAGCAGAGUUCUCAUAGCCAUCAGAUCAAAGACUGGCUCAGUAAGCUCAAAGAUGUCCUCCAUGAUGCUGAUGAUUUGCUGGAUGAUUUCUCCACCGAAGUUAUGCGCCGCAAAGUGAUGACAAAGAAGGUACGCCUUUUCUCUUCAAGUUUAAACCCGCUUGCUUUUAGUCCUAAGAUGGGUCAUGAAAUAAAGGCAAUUAGGGAGAAACUAAAUGCCAUUGCAAAAGAUAAGGAGGCUUUUCACUUUAGUCAAAGCUUGGUUGAGCCACGAGUCAUGACUAGGGGGGACAGAGAAACUUAUUCUUUUGUACUCGAAGAUGAAGUUAUUGGGAGAGAGGAUGACAAGAAAGAGAUUAUGGAACGUCUUUUUGAUGACAAUGUUGUAGCGAAUAUUUCUAUCAUUCCAAUUGUUGGUUUCGGAGGAUUGGGCAAGACGACACUGGCUCAAUUGGUAUACAAUGAUAAAAAUGUCCAAACAGAAUUUGAGAUGAAACUUUGGGUUUGUAUCUCUGAUGUCUUUGAUGUACAGCGGAUUGUUAAAGAAAUUUUAGAACAUUUGACAAAAAGGAAGCAUGAAGGAAGCAUUGAGAUGUUGCAAACUCAGCUUCGAGAAGAGCUUAAUGGAAAAAAAUACUUGAUUGUCUUGGAUGAUUCGUGGAACGAGGAGAGUAAUAAAUGGCUUCUCUUGAGAAAUUUGUUAAUGGGUGGUGCAAGGGGAAGUAGGAUAAUAGUGACCACACGCUCAGAAAGUGUAGCGAGGAUAACUGGGGCAAUUUCAUGGCAUGCUCUAAGAGGCCUACCUGAAGAAAAGGCUUGGAGUUUGUUUGUGAAAGUAGCAUUUGAAAAUGGUCAACUGCCCAAUGAAGCCUUUGAAAGUUUGGGUAGGGAGAUUAUGCGGAAGUGUGGUGGGGUACCUCUAGCCAUAAGGACGAUAGCAAGCUUGCUAUGCACCAAAGCUACAGAAAAUGAGUGGCGAUCCUUCAAAGAUUAUGAACUCUCAAAAAUACAGAAAAUGAGUGGCGAUCCUUCAAAGAUUAUGAACUCUCAAAAAUAACUCAAGAAGAAGAAAAUGUUAUUUUAUCAACGCUUAAGUUGAGUUAUAAUCAUCUACCAUCGUACUUAAAGCAAUGCUUUGCUUAUUGUAGAUUGUUUCCAAAAGAUUACAAGGUUGAUGUAGCAACAUUGAUUAAUCUUUGGGCAGCACAAGGUUUUAUUAAGUUAUCAGAUUCAAAGCAACGUGUUGAGGAUGUCGGGCGAGACUACUUUAUGGUAUUACUUCAGAGAUGUUUUUUUCAAGAUGUAGAAAAAGAUGAAUACGACAUUAUAUCAUAUUGCAAAAUGCAUGAUCUCAUGCAUGAUCUUGCAGCUCUUGUGGCUGGGAUGGAGAGUACCAUGCUAACUUCAAGUGGGGAGUAUAAUGGUAAAAAAGUUCGUCAUGUAUCAUUUGAUCUUGAAGAUUCAUCAAGGAAACAUUCAAUUUUCAACAUUAAAGGAAUGAAGAUACGAACAAUUCUUAUAGCUAGUGUAGGGGGGAAAUUGAGGAACUUAACUUGCAAUGCACUUGUUUCAAAUCUCAAUUAUUUACGGACAUUAGAUUUAAGUGAAUUAAAUCUACGUGUAGUGCCACCUUCAAUUGGGGAAUUAAAACAUUUAAGAUAUCUUGAUCUUUCUAAAAAUGAUGGUAUUAAAUUUCUACCAAAUUCCAUUACCAAGCUGCUAAAUUUGUUGAAGCUAAAUCUUAACAAUUGUUACUCACUUAAAUAAUUACCCAGGGGCCUUAAGAAGUUGGUCAAUCUUAGGCAUUUAUAUACGUUAGUGGGUGCUACAAAUUGACGCAUAUGCCCCUUGGACUAGGGCAUCUUACUUCUCUUGAGAUACUAACAAAUUUUGUUGUGAGGCAAGAGGGUGUGAAGGCUAGCUCGUGUGGUUGGUAUGAGAAAAAACAGGCUAAGUCUGGUGGUGGGCUAAGUGAAUUGAAGGAGCUGAGCAAUUUGGGAGGAAGUAUAGUCAUUCAAAAUUUGGGACAUGGAGAAGAUGACAUGGUGGAAUGUAAAGCCACAAAUAUGAAGCAGAAACAACAUCUUCAAAAGCUGGAAGUAUGUUGGGAUGAUGAGUGGGAUGAUGGAGAAACUGAAUGUUAUGAUGACAUGUCACUGGAAGGGCUCCAGCCACAUCCAAAUCUCAAAGCGUUGAGAUUGUGGAAUUAUAUGGGUGUGAGAAUUCCAAGUUGGGUCUCUUCUCUCACUAAUCUUGUUCAUUU